GCAGUCAGCUGAGUCAAGCAGCAACGAGGCGGAAUGACACUGGGCCUCGCUCCACUACUCUCAAAGUGUGCAAAACGAGAGUGAAUCUUCCUCGAGAACAUAGAAAGAUACACCACCAUGAUUUUUGUCUUAUGUGCAUUUCUAGAGUUGUGGAGCGAGGCCCACUGUAGGAUUCAACCACGUGAUGGAACCUGGACAAGUGAAUGGCCAGCUUCUGAUAAUCCAGACAAGGGAAGCGCAGGUAGCACCGGGGUAGGGGGAGGAGGAGGAGGAAGGGGAAGAGGAUCCGCUGGAGAAGGAGGAGGCUGGGGCACAGGAGGAAGAGGAGGAGGAGGCAAAACAGGAGGCGGGACAGAAGGAUCAGGAGGAGCGGGGGAAGGAGAAGGAAGAGCAGGUGGGGGAGGAGGAGGAGGAGGAGGAGGAGGCGGAAGAGGAGUAGGAGGAGAAGCAGGAGGACGAGGAGGUGGAAGGCGAGGAGGAGGAGCAGCGGAGGAGGAGGAGGAGGAGAUGAGGAGAGAGAUUUGGAAGCACUAUUGCGGCAUGAGAGCUUGGAGGGGAGGGGGGGGGAGCAGAGGAAGAUGAGCACAAGAAAGAGGACAGGCAUUGUAAUCAGCGCCAUCUUUUGAAAAACAGAAGGACUCCUCUGAUCGCACCAAAACCCCGUC